AUGAUGGGGCGUUUAUUGUAUACUUCCGGUACUCCACCGACUCAUUGGAAAGACGAAGAUGCGGAUGAUCGAUUAAAAUUUUGUGGUAUUCGUUUACCCAGAUCGAAAGAUAUGGGAAUAUAUAUUUCUGGUGCUUUAUUCGCAAUAGGAUGGUGGGCUUUUAUAGACGCUAUGAUAUAUUCUAAAAUUAUAACCGGAAAUCAAAUCUUAACGGUUAAAGAUUGGAUUGGCUGUAUUUUAAAUACGCUAGGCAUGUUUAUUGUAAAUUCAAUCAAUAAAUCGUGCCUAUCCGAUAUAGACUAUUUUUCUUCAACUUCUUCUCGAGCUAUGCUCUGGAAAGCACGACUAAUAAUGUUUCUAGGAUUUGUAUUAAUGGCAAGUGGUGUAUGUUGGUCUGCUGUAAACGAAUUUUAUCAUGAAUUAUGUUUUACAGCAAGUUUCAAUGCCAAUAUGGUACUUUGGAAUGGCUAUGCUGUUCCAGAAUAUUUUAAUAAUGCUCAG